AUGGAAGUCAGUGAAGAAAAAGGGCCACUAGAAGAUUACACUCAAGAUGGCACGGUAGAUUUACAAUGUAGGCCUGUUUUAAGAUCGAAGACGGGAAGAUGGAAAGCUUGUUCAUUCCUUGUAGGGUAUGAAUUGUUUGAGAGGAUGGCUUACUAUGGAAUAUCAACGAACUUAGUGGUGUAUUUAACGAAUAAGCUUCAUCAGGGUACUGUGGAAUCUUCGAACAAUAUUAGCAAUUGGGGAGGAUCUGUGUGGUUGAUGCCGCUUGCAGGAGCUUACGUAGCUGAUGCUUAUCUUGGUCGAUAUUUGACCUUUGUAAUUGCGUCGUGCAUUUAUCUCAUGGGAAUGUGUUUGUUGACUCUAUCAGUUUCACUACCAUCGCUGAGGCCGCCAGAAUGUGACAAAGGUGUUGCGUUUGAAAACUGCCCCAAGGCAUCUCCGUUGCAAAAGGGUGUUUUCUUCCUUGCCUUGUAUAUCAUUGUUUUAGGCACGGGCGGAACCAAACCCAACAUUUCUACGAUGGGAGCAGACCAAUUUGAUGAGUUUGAUGCUAAAGAGAAAUCUCAUAAGUUUUCCUUUUUCAAUUGGUGGUAUUUUAGCAUUUUGAUUGGAGUCUUGUUCUCUACUACUUUCUUGGUUUACAUACAAGAUAAUAAAGGUUGGACCCUCGGUUACGGCCUUCCAACCAUUGGACUCGCGUUUUCAAUAUUGGUGUUUCUAUUAGGAACACCAUAUUAUAGACACAGAUUGCCCCAGGGGAGCCCUAUGACAAGGAUGCUUCAAGUAUUUGUGGCUGCUGUGAGAAAAUGGAAGGUGUGUGUCCCAGAAGAUACAAAUGAGCUACAUGAGCUGAGUAUGGAAGAGUAUGCAUGUAAUGGUAGAAGCAGAAUUCCUCACACAUCUUUCUUCAGUUUCCUUGACAAAGGGGCUACAAAGACUGGACAAAGUUCACCAUGGAUGCUUUGUACAGUGACACAAAUUGAGGAAACUAAGCAAAUGGCAAAAUUGAUUCCUAUUUCGAUUUUCACAAUUAUUCCAAGCACAUUAGGAAUGCACCUAUUCACACUCUUUGUUAAACAAGGCAUGACUCUAGACAAGAGAGUGGGACAUCAUUUUAAUAUAUCUCCAGGAAGUCUUGUAUCAAUUAACAUUCUAUUCACAUUGAUAUGGAUUCCAAUCUACGAUCGGAUUUUUGUGCCUUUCAUCCGACGCUACACUAAAAAUCCUAGAGGAAUCACAAUACUGCAAAGAAUAGGAAUUGGCCUUGUGUUGUACAUCAUUAUAUUAGUCAUUGCAUGCUUAAUUGAGAGAAAGAGGCUCAGGGUUGCAAGAGAAAAUAACAUCUUAGGUAUACAGGAUACAAUACCUCUUACUAUUUUCAUCCUUCUCCCACAGUUUGCCUUGUCAGGGAUUGGUGAUAACUUUGUCGAAAUUGCCAAGUUGGAGUUCUUCUAUGAUCAGGCACCAGAAAGCAUGAAGAGCCUCGGAACAGCAUGUGCCACAGCCUCUUAUGGUCUGGGAGGUUUUCUCAGUACCUUCUUUCUAUCGACUGUUGCAGAUAUCACCCAAAGACAUGGUCGCCAAGGUUGGAUUUUAGAUAACGUUAAUGUCUCCCAUUUAGAUUAUUAUUAUGCACUCAUUGCAGUGAUAAGCAUAUUAAACUUCAUUUGCUUUCUGAUUGUUGCCAAGUACUUUGUGUAUAAUGAUGUAAAAUACACCAGGCCAACCUUAGAGAUGAACGCUAAUUCAUCUCAGGACAUUGGCACUUCGCAACCAGAUGCCAAGUACUAG